AUGUCCUCUGCUCCGAUCAUUUUCAAGCUUAACAAGUAUAGGAAGCAUACAAAAAAUAAGCGAAAUCAAGCAAAGACGAAUGGCUUCAACUUGCCGCCCAGAGUACUUGGCGGCUUUAGUGUGACGAGCGAGCGCAUCUAUAAGGACGAUGCGCAUCUGAUGAAAUUCCUAUUGAUACCGGAUGCAGACAGCUUUCCCUUGAAUCUGAACAACGUAAAUAUCGCAUACAAUGGGCGUGACCAGCACGCUGAAUAUCUGGACAAUAUGCUGCACUUCAUUAGGGACCAUCGGGAUGCGAUGGUCUAUGGGUCGGCGGUGCGGGCGGACAUUGUCACCCAGGAGAAUGUGUUGACGACUCUGCUGUGCACGCUCUACAGGAAGAGCAACUGGCGAAUCUUGGGCAGCAGAUAUCGUGAUACGCUUUACCUGUGCCUGGCGCGGCCGCAGUCAAAUGAAGCCUCUGCAGAGCAGCUGGCCAGAGAGCGUCGAAACUGUAUGGAGACUAAACUGAAGCAUUUGAUAUAUUCAGACACGCCCCAUUUGCCGCCCAAUGCGCGCAGUCCUAGCGGAGAGUUCUAUGGUGUCUUCAGCCGCAACAUUGGCGAACUGGCCGUGGUCUAUGCCUCCAGCAUGGGUGGGCAUCGUGUUCAGCCUUUCGACGCACCAGACUCAUGGCCAGGCACCUUUGUGGAAUGCAAAGUAAUUCAGCCGCCUAGGUUCAAGCCAAGGCCAGUGGAUGCCUUGAGCUGGUGGUUCGAGUGCUACUUGAAGGAUGUCAACGAUAUUUACAUAGCUCGACCCAAAAGCUCUGGACUUGUUCACAAACUCCAGAAGUGCACCUUGGCCACACUCAUGCGAGAUAAUAUCAAAAAUUGGUCCUGCGAGAAGUGCAUCGAUUUGAUGCACUUUCUACUGCUGCAGAUGCGCAAGGUCAUGGAACUGGACAAUCCCAGUGCGGUGUAUCAGUUCGAUUAUAUUGCCCGUUCCGGCGUACUUACAUUCAGCCUGAUUGCGGAGCGCAACGAGCAGACAUUCAUAUCCGAUUGGUAUCGCCAGAUGCUGGAGAAGCCACAAGGAAGUAUAUCCCAUAAUGCGAGCGCCUAA